AAAACUCAUUGGUUUCUGUUUGAAAGUUGGACUCAUCGGUCAAAUAAUGAACGCAAAAUUCCAAGGAAGUUCAAAUUUCCUGAUCUACAUUCUUGUCACUUCUCUUAUUGCAUUCAAAAUCUGUGUUUUCUGUCAACAAACUAUUAGUAUUGGAGAUACUGGUGUAACUUUGGCAACCAUGAAUAAUACAAUUCCGGCUAGCAAUUUUAGUUGCGGUGCCAAUCGGUUCACGGAAUUUAUUCCACAAUUGUUUAACAGCACCGAGUGUAAAAAUUUGAGAGAUCCAAUGAACGUCUGCUGUGAAACCCACGACAACUGCUACAACACUCAAAUUGGUAAAGAUUUUUGCGAUAAUGAAUUUUGUCUAUGUCUAAGUACGGCCACAGAAAAGAAUCUUUGCGCAGUGGAUGCUGCCGGAUUCUGUGCAGCUGUUCGACUUUUUGGAGAGACUGCGUAUAACACCUUGGGAGGACUAGAACCAGUAUCUCCCACUAUAAAUUAAAUUUUAAAAAAAUCAACAUUUGUUAGUAUCCAUUGUCAAGAUGAUCACUUUUAUUUUUGAAAACAAUGUGAUUUCAAUUUUCAAAAUCAAUUUAAAUGCCCGCAUUGUAGGCGGUUGAAGUUGCCAAAGUCAUAAUGUACAUAAAUCUGUUUUUUUUUC